CCCCACUCCUCCCCCACCCAUCCGCCUUCUUCGUCCCUUCGUCGCCCGGCUUGCGGAUGGUGAGCCCGGCAUUCUGGCGCUACUCGGGCAUGGCCCUGGGCGUGCUGGCGGCCCUGUCGGCCGGCACGUCCUACGUCUUCCCGGCCUACUAUACGGAUAUCCAGCAGAGUCUCGGCUAUUCGGACACGGAGAUGGCGGUCAUUUCGGGUGUCGGCAACAAUGGGCUCUACCUGGCCGGCGUGCCGCUCGGGAUGCUGAUCGCCUCCUUCGGGCCAAAGCCGGCGGCCCUACUUGCUGCCGGCUUUGUCGGCAUGGGGUAUUUGAUGAUGUCUCACUCCAUGGAGGGCACCUUCGGGAGCGUGUCCUUCCUGCUUUUCACCUUCUUCUUUGCGAUUGUCGGUGUGGGUUCGGCAUCGCUGAAUCUCGCUACACUGACGACCAACACCCGGAACCUGCCGGCCCAUCAUACGGGGCUCGUGACCGGGGCCACUGCCGCUCUCUUUGGGCUGAGUUCCCUGGUGUUCACGCAGAUCCUCACGCAUCUGUUUGCCCAGCCGGUGCUGACGCCCCCGCCCGGCUGGCUGCCGGCUCUGGGAGAUUCAGGCGGAACACCGGGGUUCCUGCAGUUUUGCGCCUUCUGGGUCCUGGGCAUCGGCGUCGCCGGGGGGAUUCUCUUUAAGUUUGUCGGGCCACCAGGCUCGUCGAAUCCCCUGGCCGGAGGCAUUUCCCCGUCGCCCGGGCUGGCAGCCGGAACUGGUGGCAGCCUCUUGCUAUUGGAUGAUGGCUCUUCCGGCGAUUUGACGGACAAUGAGGGCGAUGGCGACGACGAGGCCAGCUUGACCGGCGGGGGCCGGGCCGAGUCGGCCCCGCUCCUGGUGUCCCAUAUGCUCAGCUCCCCGGAGCCCGAGCCCGACUACCUCUAUUGUGAGUCUUCCCCGAGCACCACAGCCACCAUCCGCAGCGAGGGACACGCCAGUGCCAUGCUCAAGGAGAGCCGCGCGGCGCAUUUCGACUCGUACUGCUGGACCGACCAGGGCGGCCUGCGGCUGGGUUCCCUGCUCCAGACCGUGGACUUUUGGCUGCUCUUUGCCAUCAUGUGCGGGGCCGCGGGGGCCUCGCUCAUGUACAGCACCUCCAUGGGCCGCAUCAUCAAGCUCCUUGUUCCGGAUGAUUCCCAGCGAAGUGGCGACUUGACCCAUCUGAAUGUGUCGCUGCACUCGGCCGCCUCGUGCCUCGGGCGAUUGGGGUCCGGCAUCCUGCAAGAUGUCCUGAGGACGCGGCAUGGGGUUCCCCGGCGGCGAACGCUGCUCCUGGGCCCGGGGCUGGUGCUCAUCGAGCAGGCAACCAUGCUGCUGCUGGUUCCGCGCAUGGGGCCCGACUGGCUGGCCCUGUCGACGGUGGUUGGUGGCCUGGGAUUUGGGUGUCUCUUCGCCGCCGUGCCGGCGGCCUGCUGCGAGCUCUUUGGCCAGCGGAGAUACGCGGCCAAUUGGAGCGCCGUUUGCAUUGGCACGGCCAUCGGCGCACAGGCUCUGUCGCUGGUGUUCGGGGCCGUGGUCGACGCCGGGAACAACGCCGGGUGCUCGGGAUUCAGCUGCUUCCGGGACGCGUACCUCGCGUCGGCGGUUUGCUCGGCCUUGGCAUUCGGCCUGGCUCUGUGGCUCUUCGCCCGACGUGCACACCCGGAUCGCGCGCCGGCCUCCUGUACCACCGAGGAGCUGGGUCUCCUGUGAAAGGGGGGCGCCAGGCGGGCGCAUGCAUUUUUUUUAUUGAGGGCGACCAAAAUAAGACAUACUAGAGUUGACAA